UACAAUCCAUCCAACUUUGGCUUAGUUCAGUUCCAGCUCUACCUUUGGAGGAGGGGUACAUAGAUCUUCACAAGGAACUUUUCGGACUUUGUAUAGGGAUAAAAAUUGAAACUAUGUUUAAGUUUGGUCUGCUGCUCUUAGCAGGAGUAGCUGUAGGUCAUCCCUAUGGAGUUUACAACAACUACAACCAACCUGGAGGACAACGUCAUGGAGUGCCAGCUUAUAAUCAUGGAGGAUAUGGAUACGGAGCCCCUGUAGUUCAACAGCAACAAGGAUAUUUUGGAGCAGGGUUCAAUCCAUCUCAGCAAGCUCAGUACUCUCCUUAUAAUCCGUCCCUGAGAGCUCAACCAAUUCCUUACAAUCAGUUCUCACAGAAUACAGUUGGAGCUAACUUUUAUCAACAAGAAAAUACUGGAAAUGCCUUAGAAGAAGAUACGUACGAAAGCGUUCCAUACACCGUCAUAGAAAAUUUUGGGACUUAUGAGCUGAGAGAAUAUCCUGCAGCUAAGUUUGCCUGUGUCAAGUCUGAAGUGGAUAACUCAGAGGAUCCUCUUGCUGGUUCAGAAAAUAUGAAUCCUUUCGAGGUGAUGAAGUCUAAACAAUGGAAGAAGGCUCCAACUUCUUUAAUGUUCAUCGAGCUUUUCAAAUACAUCUCUGGAGUAAACAAGGAAGGACAAGAGAUUGAAAUGACUAUCCCCGCCCCCACCCACCACUCCAUCAAGAAGAAACAGGUUGGAGGAGAUGUCGAGGUUCAGGAGAUGUGCUUCUAUAUCACUUCAGAAUUCCAGGCAAACCCACCUCAGCCCUUGGACAACUCUCCAGUCUUCAUUUUUGAAAGGCCUGCUAUGAAACUGUACGCUAGACAAUUUGGAGGAUUUCCUUUGACCUCAGCAUCGUGGAUUCAUGAGAAACAAAUUCUAGAAAACGCCCUUGUCGGAAAAUAUUAUCAUGAUAGUGAGUACUACACUGCCGGAUACAGUUCUCCAUGGGAUACUAACAGGAGAAAUGAAGUAUGGAUUCAGUGCUUAGAGCCUGCUGCACCUGUAGUUGCUGCAGUUGUUGCUGAAGUAGAAGAUAUUGAUAACAAGAAGGCCGAAGUUGAUAAGUCUGAAGCGGAACUAGCAGAAGCUGAGGAAGAAGAAGAAUUAGCUACAGAGGAGCUAGAUGCAAAUGCAGUUAUAAAUACUAGAACUGAGGAAAGUGAAGAUGUCGAAGAGGCUGAAGAUGAAGAUAAUGAAGAUGACGAAGAUGAAGAAGUUGUCGAAGAGGAUGAAGAUGAUGAAGCGGAUGCUGAUACUAAAGCUGCCAAUACUGAUGCUGAAGAGUCUGUUGAAGCUGAUGAGGCGGUUGUAGCUGAUGCUGAUGCUGCUGUAGCUGAUGCUGAUGCAUAAGAUUAAAUAAUUUAGUAUUCAACAGUAAAACAAAAAAGAUAUUUCUAAUGUGUAAUCCCCUUGAAAUGUGAUGUAUAAAUUGACCCCUGAUCUCUUUAAAGAAUGUUUAUCAGUUAUAUCAUUUGAGAUUCAAUAUUAUUUCGUUAUCAAGAUUGAAAUAAAUUUAGAACCUACGAGA